AUGGAGAACGAACGCGGAGAGCUCGUUGACCUCUACGUCCCCCGUAAAUGCUCGGCCACCGGACGCAUCAUCAGGGCCAAGGACCACGCCUCUGUCCAACUGAGCGUUGGCAAGGUUGACGAGAACGGCCGCUACACGGGUGACAACCAGGUCUACGCCAUCUGCGGCUUUGUUCGUGCCAUGGGCGAGUCCGACGACAGCUUCAACAGGCUCACACAAAAGGACGGCUUCCUCAAGUCUGUCUGGAGCGCGUCUCGCUAAGCGGUUGGGGUUAUGGGUGGAGGAAUUCGGCAUGUCGGAUCUCUUUCGAAGACGGAUGCAUUUUGUGGCUGAGGCCUCAUUUCCUUUCUCCUACGGACCAACGAUAUCACGAGGACUGGGAACCGGUUGAGAUACGAAGACUAUCGAAUUCAAAAAUCCUGUUUACGACCAAUGCUGCCAUGCGUAUGAGUGUCGCGAUUGUGGUACGCUGGGUGCGUGCAUGCUGUGCAGCGUAGAUGCCAACCUCACAGGUCAUGCUAAUUGAGCCUGGCUGCG